AAUAAGCGGACAACUUCAGUGAGCUUGCAGAUAACUGAGCGUCACGUUGCUAUCACGCGAUCAGAGGCGUCGGUUCAUUUCCCCGAGAAACGUUUAACAUUCAGUCUGUUGGUUACACUCGUACAGUGUUCGUCAGAUUACGAAUUUAUUUCCAUACAUCUGAUAUGCAGUAUCAGCUGAUGUGACGUCGACUGCUAGACAAAUGAAAUCUCUCGAAACAGUCAUUGGAAUUCGUGUUGAGGGGAAGAGGUACGACAAGGGAUGGAUGUAACUCCAGCUUUGUACUCAAUAACUUGUGCAACUGACGAACCUGGAGACCGUUUGUCAUGUCACCAUGAGAAACGAAGCACAUCGCUGGAUACGUCUGAAGACCGGAAGUUGGAAACGAUGGCGGAAAUGUUUCAUGAUGUUUAUGCUUGUGUUGUUUCUGAUGUGUUUGCUGAAGAGUCAGAGUAUCAAUUCUGGAUACUUCUAUUACACAAUGGAUCCGGAGCAGUUCGACUAUGUUACGGUGGACGCAGUUAUGGAGACUGUAUCGCCGAACUGGCGCGGUCUGCGAGAAAAGGAUAUCAAGAGAAUAUCUGCUUUGGGGCGGCGGUUGUUUCUGGAAGAUAUGUCAGGUGUGCCACGGUAUGACAGAAACUUCACUAUACUGGUAUGGAAGCACGGACCUAGCAUCGAGAAACGUCUCGUUAUGCGGUUCGGAACGAAAAUGCUGAAUCCAUUCGAAGACUGUUCGGUGUCCAACUGCCGCCUGACGUACAACAGCGCCGAACUAAACACAGCUGAUGCUGUGCUAUUCCACUUGCACCGCACCCCGAAUCGGGAGUCUCUUCCAGACCCCAAGAGCCCGCGACCCGCCCACCAGCGCUGGGUAUUUCUUACGGACGAGAAUCCUUUCCACACCUUCACGCUGGGCAGUGACGCUACCAAAAUGAAGGACUAUAAUGGGAUCUUCAACUGGUCCAUGACUUACAGGAUGGACUCGGAUAUUCCUGUACCAAGCGGCCGCACGUUGCGACUCACCAUCAUGGAGAAACUCCUGCUAAAGAAGCAAAGACGAGAGGGCAAGAGGAGGGAGAAGAGGAAGCUGGUUGCCAUCAUGGUGUCUAACUGCGCAGGAAAGAACAAGCGCUGGUCUUACGUAAAGGAGCUGAAGAAACACAUACCAGUGGAUGUAUACGGCGCAUGCGGCAACUUGAGGUGUGACGGCCAUUUCGCGAAGGACUGUCCUCGUUUGAACGACUACAAGUUCUACCUUGCAUUUGAGAACGGUGAUUGCCGGGAAUAUAUCACAGAGAAGGCGUGGUGGAACGCGUAUCACAAGGGAGCCGUUCCCGUCAUCAUGGGGGCUUCUCUGGAGGACUGUGUCCGUCUUCUUCCCCCUAAAUCUUACAUCCAUGUCAGGAACUUCUCGUCUCCCGCCAGUCUAGCCCGGUAUCUGCUCUACCUAAACGCGUCUCCUUCGGAAUACAACAACUUCUUUCACUGGAAGAAGAACUUCAAGGUUGUUAACGAACACGGCUACUUCCAGUCACCGGUGUACCACUACUGCAGACUGUGCGAGGCUCUCAAUUAUAAUGAUCCAGCACCAAAAGUGUACAAUAAACUGGAAGACUUCUGGGAUAGCAGCAGGGAUUGUUAUGAACCUGUCAUCUAGGUAUUAAAACCUUCUAGGGUAAGAAAUAUUUCAGAAGUCUCUAAACGUUUUGCGGAUUUUCACACGGACUUGAAGUGAAUUCCAGAAAAUUAUAUUGUAAUUCUUGAUAAUUUCUAUCACAUUUAUGCUUAAGAUGGAUACAGCAUGUUCCUACAGAAACAAACUGGUAACGAUCUUCCAGAUAAUGCAGCGUAAGAUAUCAUAAAUCUAUACUUUUCAUGUA